AGUUACAUAACUGUAGUCCUAAAUUGGAUAGAAAUUUUAUGUUAUGGCAGUAUUACUAGUAUUAGAUCAAAUUUUUAUCUUGAAUAAAUGGACACAAUGAUUCUAUAGACAUUGUAGUAGAUAAGAUAGUUUCUUUAUAAUAGUAAAGUAAUAGUUCUAAUAGAAUCUACUAGUCUAACUAAUCUAGUCAAUGAGUGAAUAGAUAGAGAGAUCAUACUCAUCAUACUCAUCAUAGAGUUGAUAGUAGAGUCUCAUAGACUCUAGAAACUAAUAGAUGUCUGUCUAGGUCCUAGUGACUUGAAGUUAAGUUUAGGUAAAGUUAUAAUUUUAGUAGGCAGGCCAUCACAUCAUCAUCAUCUUGGAUUAGUUGGAUAGAUUUCGAUUUACUGACACCGUCACCGGCAUUUAAAGUAUGAGAUGAAUUUAACACUACCAGAAAAUGAAGACACUUGCAGCGAUAUGGAAAUGGAUGUUGAUGAUAGAUCUGAAGGGUCUACCCAGUUGACGUUAUCAGAUAUUAGAAUCGAUCAACUUCCUAUGCCUGUCUUUGAAAAAGGGCGUUUCCAAAACCCUUGGAAAAUUAACAGAAAUUCAAGAUUUUCUCAUCUCUGUAGAAUUCUCAAUUGCACCAAAGAUGGAAGAAAGAUUCCACAUAAAAAUGAGUUAGAGAAAACACUUCCAGUUGUUAAAUCAAACUUGCAAGAAUUCCAGACCUCCCCAACCUCAGGUGUAAGACACAUGUGGCUCGGUCAUUCCACUUCACUUAUUCAGUUUGAUGGAGUUACCAUCUUAACAGACCCUAUGUUCAGUGACAAAUUCUCUUCUGUCAACUUUUGUAGCAUCAAACGUUUUCGUCCAGUGCCGUGUACCAUAGAAGAACUACCUCCAAUAAAUUGUGUUCUGAUAAGUCAUUCACAUUUUGAUCAUUUGGAUCAAAACAGUGUGGAGGCACUUAAUGAUAGGUUCGGAGAUAAUUUGUGUUGGUAUGUACCUAUGGGACUAAAGAAAUGGAUGAAUCAUUGUGGUUGUGCUCGUGUGGUGGAAAUGACAUGGUGGCAGGAAGAUAUGGUGAACGAUGAACUCAAUGUGAAAAUUGUCUGCACUCCAUGCCAACACUGGAGCAAACGAACGGCUCAUGAUGAAAAUAAAGUGCUGUGGUGUACCUGGAGUAUCAUAGGGCCUUGGCACAGCUUUUUCUUUUGUGGCGACACAGCCUACUGUGAUGUAUUUAAACUUAUUGGGAAACGGCUAGGCCCAUUUACCUUGGCAGCUUUACCCAUAGGAGAAUAUAGUCCAAGAAAGAUGUUAUCAAGCAUGCACAUUGAUCCAGCUCAGGCUGUCUCCAUUCAUGAAGAUCUAAAAGCAGAAACAUCUAUUGGCAUUCAUUGGGGCACAUUUCCUAUGUCAUCUGAGCCCUACCUAGAACCACGAAAGAUGUUAAAAGCAGAAAUACAACAACGCAACAUGAAAGUGUCAUCAUUCAUCACUGUGAAACAUGGAGAAAUUUCAGUGAUUGGCUCUGACCAUUUACAAGAUCUAGAUUAAAUAUUAAGUUCAUCAGAGCAUUUAAUUAACAUUCAUGCCUAUUGCCAUUUGGGUUGAUGAUGUACAUAAUGAUUCCCAAAAUAACAAACUUGAAUUUUAAAAGACAUAAAAUGCCCUGCAAGACAAACAGUAAAUGUUUACUUUUACAGGGCAGUGAACAGUUUCAAGAUGCACUAUUUAUAUUGUCUCAAAUGAUAAUUUUCAUUAAAGUAUUUUAAAUAAAGUUAUACAGAUUACUCUUUUUUUUUAAAGGAUAGUUUUAAUAUAGAAUAGUUUGGGUUUUAAACCCAGCUUAUGUGAUGAGCCUCAAUUAUAAUUUCUAGCCCAUAGUACUUCUUUUUAAAGGGAAACUCCGAUAGUUUUUCAAAUUUUAGUUAUUGACAUAUUUAAAUUCUGCGUAAAAAGUUGUAAUAGUAAACAUUAUAUCAUUUUUUAUUUAAAUGCUCGGAAAAUUUUAUAUUUAAUAAAUUAGACAGAAAAUUCUCCACGCCCCCAAAAAAACGGGGUUCUGCGAGAUGUUUUUAGUUUUUAAAAACGUGACGUCACGAAGGUGCUGGCUAAAUAUAGAUCUAGACCUAUAUAACCGAUAAACUCUCUAGUCUAGAUCUAGACCUAUCGGAUCGCAUUUAUUGUUACGCUUCACAGCUAGAUCUAGUCUCCACGUUGAUUUAUAAUCGGUCAUUGUUUAUAAACCUCUAUUUCUACUUGAAGAAAAUUAAAUAUUGUUCUUCAGCUUGUUGCAGUAGUUCCAAUCACAAAGAUAAAAUCAGCAAGUAUGCUGAUACAGAAAUUAGUGUCUCUUUUCAUUUGUUUCCAAGAGAUGAAGUUUUAAAGGGAAAAUGGGGAAAAUUUAUUCGCCUGAAGAGCAAAUAUUUUACAAAGGCAUUAGCUAAUUCCUGUUUAUGCUCAAACCAUUUUGAGAGAAGCUGUUUCAGCAACUUCACUGCUGUGGAAAUGGGAUUUAAAAAAAAAAUUGAAGUUAAUACCAGGUGCAGUACCAACAAUACAUUGGAUUUCCAGGCCAAAGAAUUCAAUUAAUGAUACUACUGAGACAUUUUAAACAACUGAAGUUCAUAAAUAUAAAUGAAAUCAGAUUUGUGAGCUAGAAAUUUACUACGAAUACUAGAUCUACUAUUAAAUUUCUUAUUUAAUAAGUAGAUCUAUCGUCUACGAAACUCAAUUCCAACUUUUUAACUUUUGACUUGGGGGUGUGUCUCGCCGGCUGAGCCAGCGUCAAGCUCUCUCAUCACUUUUUCCAUGUCAACCAAUGUUAGGUCGAAACAGCACAAAAAAAUCAUAAUUUUCUUACGGUCAAACAUACAGUCAUAAUUUAUACACCAUUAGAAAUUUCUUUUAAAGUAUUUUAAUGAUGUAAUAACGAAAAUUUUUUUUUAUCAAAGAUAAUUUCUUUUUCGCCUCCCUAUCAAUGAGUAUCAAUAGGAUUUGAGUGCACCGUCGUGACGUCACACAGAAAUUCAGUGAAAAUCUGACUGUUUUGGAUGCGCAGAAAAAUUAUGUCACAAAAACAUCAAUUACUAAGUUAUUCUUGCAAAUAAAAAAAAAAGAAUAAUAUAUUCAUUAUCUAUAAAUCAAAACACAUAUUAUAUCAAAAAUUGUCAAAACCAUCGGAGUUUCCCUUUAACAGUUCCUCAGAUCUAGGUCAUUUUAAAAUAAAGUUUUACAACUAUUUGGAGUUCUUGCCAUCUAUUCUCCUGGCUAAAAAUACAUAUGUAUAUAACUUAUAUGCAUUAAAUAUAAUUUUUACAAUUCUGUAAUGUUUAAUGCUAUGUUGAUAAUGUGAACUGUUCCCUACAAAACUGGUGCUGUGAUGAUAUGGACACCAAACCAUACCAUUGAUAUUUUAGCAUUGCGAGAUUAUACAUUGAAAGUGAUAUAAUAUUUUUCUCUACAAUGCAAUAAGCUUGAUAAAUGGCCAUUAAUCAGAUGACUGCAAUAUUUUGGAUUUUAUUGUUUGAAUGUUGUAACGUAAUAUUUUUAUAUUUUAUUAUAACUUUACACAUAUAUUUAUAAAUGAAUUUGUAUAAUUGCACAUAUAUUUAUAAAUGAAUUGUAAAAUUGUGUUCCUGUUUGAUGCUAUUAUUUUAUUGUUGUUAUAUUUAUUUCUUGAGUGUAUAUACAUUUUAUAAAAGAAUAUUUCAUUCUAACAGGUACUCUGCAUACACAACUCAACCCGGGUUGGGAAAUUGAACUUGAGUUCUCUUGAUAGGUAGCCUAGAGGGUUAUGCCUCUCAGCCAAUGAUCCUGUCUUUUGUUCCUUAUAUGAUAGAGCAAUGGUGACAUUAACAUGACAGGCCAGAGGCAGCGUUAUCAGUCUGUGGGGCCCUGGGCGGUUGUCGUAUCUGGGUUAGGCAUAUUUGUAUGAGCUGACAGUGACAAAGGAUUCUCUUUAUCACAGGGCCUCCCUAAGGCAAUGGGCCUGGGGAGGUUGCCCCACUAGCCACCCCCUAAGAUCUGCCUGGGGCAGUUGCCUGACCCGCUUCUCUGGGACAGGGUAAUAGAAGCUUAAAAUUCCUUUAAGAAUAUUAUGAAUUAUUCUCCCCUGUUGACUCUUUCACUAUAGCUGAUAAGUAAAGUUCCCCUUUCAGACCUUGUGAUUUAUAGAGUAGAUGGUGUAAAGGUCAUCUGUUUCUGUGGCCCAAAGUUAACAAGGGUGUCGUGGUCAGCACAACAACUAACCGCCAUUACUUUCCCCAACUAAUGUCAGGUACCCAUUAGUAAGGUAAAAAUCUUUUCUCAAAGACCAAAAAUGCCUCCACCUCAUCCUUUAAACCUAUUUCUGUUUUAUUUAUGUGUCAUGUUUUGUCACCUAAUUCAUAACAAAAGUUGUUUCUAUCUGGGACAAAAAUUCCUUCCAGUUGAAGCCAUCCUUCAAAAAGCUACCUAAAGCUGUCCCGUCUCUGUAGUUUGUCAUCUAUUAUUUUAUCUCCAUUCUCAUAAUAUUUAUUGACCCUUUUCUUCACUUUAACUCUUUUCUCUCCGUAAUUACUUACCACAUUAUGGUGGAAUCAACGCUGGUAUCGUCAGUUAGGAGAGAAAGAGUUAAUGAACUUUUCUUCACUUUACAUUCCUUUUGGGGGGGGGGGGGGGGGGAAUUUAAGUCCCCCUGUCAAACUUCCUGAUCUAUAGGACAGAUGAUGCAAAGUCAUCUGUUACUGUGAUUGGCCAUUAACUAGGGCGUCUAGUGGCCAGGGUCAUUUCAGAAGCCAAGGGCUUUACCGCUCAGCCAUCGUGCCUCUUCUUUUAAAAACCACUUUAAACAAUGGCACUGAAUUUAUGUUCUCCACCCCCUAAGUGAACUGUUGUUUAAAGUUUUGUUUAAUUCUUUCUAUUUUAUACAAUUGAAGAGUUAUUGCACUUUUUUUUGUGUACGUUUCUGCCUGGUAUGAUAUGUAGAAUGAUUUAUACACAGGCUAUUAUUUUUUCUUCAAUUCUUUUGUAUAAUUAUUUCAUCACAUCUGUUGCUGUUGUUGCUUUUUUAAAUUAUAGUCUGACGAUUGUUUUUCAAUAUUUACAUUGUAGAACUCUGUUGUUGUUGUUUUUUAAAUUGUUUUGAGGAUUUAACAAGAAAUCAAAAUGGAGAGAAAUGAAAACAAAUAGAAACUACAAAUUUUAAAAUGUGGUUUCAAAAUGAACAAAAGUAUUUCUUUACUUACUGUUGAAUAAACCUAAUUUUAAUUCA